CGCACCACCAUGUCUGAACUCCGCGAGGCUACCCGCGUCGACUUCCUCACCGCCGCUUUCGGCAAGGAGGUCGCGACCCAGUUCGACCAGAACCUCGACGACGCUUCUGCGGCACACUUCGAGGCCUACAAGUUCAAGAUCGAGCAGCAGAAGCCCGUGUACAAGAAGCGCGCCGAGCUCGCCGCCAAGGUCAAGGAGUUCUGGUUCAUGGCCCUGCAGCACUGCGGCACGACGUCGCAGUUCAUCGACGCGGUCGACGAAGAGGCGCUCAAGGCGCUCAAGGACGUCUGGAUCGAGCACUCGCCGUCGGACGUGCGCGAGUACGAGAUCCGGUUCACGUUCGGCAAGAACCCGUUCUUCAAAAACUCGACGCUCGUCAAGAAGCUCACGCUCACGCCUCCGGCCGACCUCGCCGACAAGGCCGACAAGCCCAAGCCGUUCGACCUCGAGGCGCCCGUCUUCCUCGCCGACAACGUCAAGAUUGAUUGGAUCUCGCCCGACCACGACCUGACCAAGAAGGCGCCCCGGGCACACGCCGACGACAAGGAGGAGUUUGACGAGUUUGAGGGCGCCGGCUCGUUCUUCAACUGGUUCGGCGAGGUCGGCGAGGACCGCACGAGCCUCGGCGAGAACCUCCUCGAGUGGUGGGCCCACGCGACCGAGUACGCCGCCGGCCUCACCGCGCACGACGACGACGACGAGUCGGGCGCCGAGUUUGGGUUCGACAGCGAGUUUGACGACGAGUCGGAGGACGAGGACCCGAAGAAGGAGAUCGACCUCGACGACGACGAGGAGAAGAAGCGCCCGGCCAAGAAGCAGCGCAAGUAGCUGUCGCGCACCGUCGCCCCCCCCUGUAUCGCGAGCCGCAUUAUUCCUCUCA